AGCGUUCAAAUGCGGCGUCAGUCUCUCGAGAAGCUUGAGGAUGCGUGUCGUUCGCUGCGGCAGCCAACGGGAGCAAUAACUUUAAAAGCAAAGCGCAACCUACUGGCAACGGUUUAUAUGAGGCGUUUUUGUGCAAUGCGUGCAGUGCGCUUCUAGAGUACUAUCGCGGUGAAACAUAAUUACAAGUGGCAUUUAAUUGAGCAAAAUUCGUUCGUGUUUCGCCGUCCAGGGUUGCGGAAGAGUUUAAGUGAAAGUGUUGAAUUUUUAAUGCAGUGUGUCUCUACAGUGUCUCUCCGCACACAAUAAUUGCUACGCUUCGUUCUCUUGGGCGCGCUCUACAAAAAAAAGAAGUGUUUUUUUAGUUUUUCGCAAUUUUUUUUAUAUAAGUGUAUUGUUGUUUUGUUUUGUUUUCUUGUGUUUGUGCAAAUAAGAAACCACGCCAAACAACCUUUCGGUGGCCAUCACUGGCUAGUAUAAAAAGUGUCGCUUUUUCCGUGUCCCGUGUUCCUCGGCUCGUGUGUUUACUGUGUGAAUUUACGGAAAGUGAGUGGAAAAUACGCUCAGAAUCCUGUCGCAAUUUGCCCCUCCCCUUCGGCGCAGUUCUUUCGACUAAUAUCACCCACCCAGUCGCCAUUCGCCAUUAACAGUAAAGCCUCCGGGCGGCACAAAAACCACGUUCACCAUAAUCAUCUCAUCACCAGCAUCAUCAUCAUAGCCGCCACAGAAUAUUUGCCUUUCGUUUCUCGCCGACUGCUGACCGAGUGACCGAUAAACGGAGCGGCGAAGAGGAGAGGCCGCACAAACCGCCGUGAAAAUCAAAUCCAAAAAUCGACAGCAGCAGGGGGGCCAGUUUUCUAUUGCGCGGUGUGGCGCGCUCUAUUGGCACCGUAAUCAUCAUUGCCCGGCGUCGUCAUCAUCAGCAGCAGCAGCGGCAAAGGCAGAAUCGUAUCGUAUCGACACCUCGCACACGAUAGUGGCUUGGGGCAAUUACGGCGGUGGAAAACAGGUCCAUUGAAGGGAAGGGUAAAAGCAUCACACGCAUCACGUCCACCACCACCAACACCACCACUGCCACUGCCCAGAGUGAGUUGAACGAGCGAAUGGACGAGCAAACGGUGCUUUUGCUCACGUGUUAGGAAAUCAAAAAAUGCGUCCACCCGCAAGGCGUCGCUGAUAACACGAUCAUGUUGGAGCGCCGGCCAGGACCAGUGCUGGGCGCGCUGGCUUGUCUGAUGCUCAUGCUGACGAUAUGGCAGAUCUCACCGCGCGAGCUCGAGCAAAAGCUCCCGUACGAUAGCGAUGACGAGAGCAGCUACAACGCCAUCGAUGCACUGCCACCAGGCGUCAUCGGUUACGCAGCCAGAGAGCUCAACAGCCACGGUGGCACCAGUGGCACAUAUCUGACCAAUCAAACAUCGCCCGGCUGGCUGGUGGCGGCUGCCGUGGCCGCCGUUGCUGAGUCGCCGGUCGGCACGCGCGGCACCGUCACACCGAGCAGAGUGCGAUGGAGCGGCCGGGGCAGGGUGCGUGGCCGAGAGGAGGAGUCGGAGCUAGUAUCGCUGGAAGCACCAACGGCUGGCAGCAGCGGUAGUAGCAGCAGCAGUAGUAGCAGCAGCAGCAGUAGUACACAGUCAACAGCAUCGUUAACAUUAGCUAGUUCGUGGGGUGGAGACACGUUGCCAAAUGAUGACUACACUAGUCUGAUCGAUCUGAAGAACUUUAAGUUCACCAUCAACCACGAUUACUGCGGGACGGGGACGACGGGCAGCAGGAGAAGACGUAGCCUUAAGCGUGCUACAGAUGCCUUAUGGGGUACGCGUUCGCCGGGGAGCGGCGGUGCGUCGCCACCGCUAGUGCUGGUGCUGAUCCACUCGGCCCCGGACAAUCUGGCCAAGCGCAACACGAUCCGGGCGACGUGGGGCCAGCCGGAGGCGCGGGCUCGUCUGAUCUUUCUGAUGGGCGCAGUGGGCAGUGCCGCCGCUCAGCGCGCUAUCGAGCGGGAGUCCCGGCUGCACGAUGACAUUGUGCAGGGCAACUUCGUCGAUGCGUACCGCAACAUGACGUACAAGCACGUGAUGGCGCUGAAGUGGUUCGCGUACCACUGCCCGGGCGCACAGUACGUGCUCAAGACGGACGACGAUGUGUUCAUCAACACGCCGAUCCUGUACAAUGCGCUGCAGCGGGUGGUGCCGCAGCGCAACCUGCUGCUCUGCCAGCUGGUGACGAAGCUGAGCGUCAAGCGGACGCACCGGUCGAAGUGGUUCGUCAGCUGGCGCGAGUACCCGAACCGGUACUAUCCGCCACACUGUCCCGGGUACUCGAUCCUCUACUCGCCCGAUGUGGCUUGGCAGCUGUACCGGGAGGCGCAGCGGCAGCCAUUCUUCUGGAUCGACGAUGUGCACAUUACCGGCACGGUGGCACAGCAGGUGAACGUCACCAUCACGCCGAUGGAUGGGCUGUAUCUGGACAGCGAGGCCAAGAGCGAUCUGCUCGGUCACCGGGUGGACGCGAGCCGGGCGGUGUUCUUCUUUACCAACCCGAACCUGUCGCUGGAUGAGAUUGAUAGGCUGUGGGAAGCGGUCCGUCCUCGGCGAUAGCAAGCACAGGGGCGACGGGGAAGGGACAACAGUCCCGCGUACUGCUUGUGAUAAGACCCACGAGGGUUGUGUCAUGAGCAAAUGGAUGUUACUUCUGCUCUUAAUCGUCUCCGGUUUGUUAGUCGCUUUUUAUUUGAAUCUUUGUUUUACUCCGUUAUUUACUUUUUUAUGUAGUGAGUUAUCGUGUAAUUUCUCUUUUUUACUGUCGCAAUUUUGUUGUAUAUGAUUUUCUUAUAAGCUAUAAAGUUUUUUGUAGCUAUCUCGAGCGUUUCUUAGUGAAUUCUUGUCUCUGUUUUAAAACGAUCGUCGACUAUCGGCACAUAAUCACGGCCCUUCUUUCACUGUCGUAAAACAUACAUUUGCUCAUGUACGCAUUCAACACGAGAUGAAAAUACCCGAAAGAACCGCAAACGUGUUGUGCAUGCUAGGACGUAGUGAGACAGCAUCUAAACCAAAACAAGUAAUGGAUAGUGUGGGCAGAAGAUCGAAGAUAAACCCCCGCAUAGAGAUAUGUCUUUGAAUUAGUUAACGCAACCGAACGCUCAAAGAUCUUAAUACGAGAGAUAGUUAAAACUCACUAUGUAUGUAUAAUAUUUAGAGAAUAAUUGAAAGCCAUAUAUAUAUAUUUGUAAACCGUAAGACUCGCACACCUAUAGCUAGGGAAAGGAUACGUGCGCGUUCCGGACGCAAGACAGACUGUGUGAUUAACUAUAAGCAGAAACGGUGUGCACAAAAAACAAAUAGGAACAAUUACUACUUAUCAACAAAGAGUGUCGACUGUUUAGUAAAGCUAGGCCUGUAGCAUGGCAACCCUUACCUACUGUACGGUGUUCGAUUCGAAUUGAUUAUGCUCGCUCUUCGAACAGUCGUCCAUUGGAAGGUUCUUAGUAGCACAAUACAUUGCUAGGGAAAACAACGUUAACAUGAAAAAUGCGACCAUCAGCUCACUAGCAUAACAGUGGAACCAAAUUAUGGAGAACUAUUUUCAAGAAGCAAGCGUCCUGUGUUGUACAUAAACAAAGUCAAUCCGAGAGCUUCGUUCUGUUGUUGUUGUUUUGUGAUUUUUGUGAUAAGUGGCAGGAUUAGGUUUUAUUGUGCAAGGCUGUAUUAUUUUAAAGCGCACUUACCUGCAAACGGAAUUGAGAAUGUCGUAGCGUUUCGGGAGCCUACUGUAUUGGCCUAACUAUUCCACUAUUUGCUUAGUUUUUGUUUUUUUUUUGGUAAGAGGAGCAGAAUGUCAAUUUAAAUGAAAAUGGAUGUUUUAUGUUUAAGGAAUCGGUUUUUUAAGCUUUUGAAGUGUUUUUUUGUUUCAAAACCCAAGAACUUGAAGGAGUAAACGAUUAAGUGUAGAGCAGGAAGCACCGACCGAUUAUUAGGAUGCACUACACGGGUAGCAAAAAUGAAAAUCAAACACAUAAUUCAAUCUGAUUCUCCUGUUCCAGUUUUCUUCUCAAGUAAUACAACUCAUGCUCUAGGCUCCAAGGCUCACCGUUUCCGUAGCUUAAUGUUAAUAGGCGCCUGGAAAGGUGCGAUUGCGCUAAAACACGACAAAAAAAAAACUUAUAUAUGUAGAUAAGCAGGAUAGGUUUCCGGCAGUUUUUCUAUUCCAUUUCCUUCUUUCCAGCGAGAACUGAGUACAAUCUAAAUUCUACAAAAUAAUAAAAUAAAAACCAAGCGCGUUUACUCGCCCUUCUGAAAAGAGUAACUGCUCUAGAACCGAGCGUUUCGCCAGCGCACCAGUAGGACGAAGUAAAAAUCUUCCAAACGUUGUUUCGUAGCAUUUCGAUUCUCUAGCGCUAAAGUAAACCGUAUCGCCAUACGCCCUAUCCGGACACUGGACAUAGCAGUAACGUAGGGAGUCUGUCAGGAAUGGAGAAAUCUUUAUUCUGUACGUUUUUCCAUUAAAGCUAAUGAGAAGGUUUAUAUGGGGCCCGCCCCUGUGUACCGUUUCUAGCAGUCUUGUAGAAAAAAUCCUAGCAAGUAUCCUGUUCCCCUAAUUCGUGUUGCAAUAUUAUUCGUUUUCGAAAUGCGAACUAAAAGAGAGAGAGAGAGAGAGAAAGUCGGAAGCAAGGGAAUAUGUCGUCAUUCUAAAAUAAACAAAACAAGAGCAAAUUUAUCUAAAACAAAAUAAGAAAUUAACUAAUCGUUAACGUAGCUAGACAAAAACCUCUAUUUCUUGUUAGUGUAGCAAAAAAGAGGAGCGCGGUCGAAGAGAAGCGGAAGGAGUGUAGUAAAACGAAAACGAUAUUGAAAUUGAGUGGAAAACAUUUUUUGGCCCCGGCGGGCAACAACUGUGAAGAUGUUGAUAUAUUUUAAAGUGUUUAUCGCGCGAAUAGGUGGGCAAAAUACAUAAAUGGCUGACGGAUCUAUAGAAUAUUGAACAGGGACUGAGCAGCAGCAGCAGAUAGAAGAAGAUCACACCCGGAACUGUAAUCUCCUAUUUUGCGAUGUGUGACCGACGAGUGGUUGUAGUAAAGAGCAAAUCAGAAGAAAAGUAAAUGCGAGCAAAGGUAA